GCCACACCCCAGUCGCCACGUUCGUGGUUGGUAGAGUAGCGAGAGAGUUUUCUAGGGUUUAUCUCUCCAGGAUUUAAAGUCGCAGUAGGGCUUUAUUCGCCCCUCUUUGGUAAUUCAAUCUCCAUGAUCGUUCGUUUCCCAUGGACCCUUCUGUGCAUAACGCUCCAACAGUCGACGAAGAUGACGAGUGGGACACCGAUGGGUUUGUGAUCCCAAGCUUGGGAAUUGAAGACCUAAAUCAAAGCACAACAAAUGCUCCACUAGUAGAAGACUCGAAACACACAAUCAAAGAUAAGAAGGAAGAGCAUAUAUAUCUUGGACCUCAUGGAGCUCCUCCUUCACAAGCAAAACAGGAUGUAAACUAUUCUGGACGCAAACAGAGGUUCAAGCAGAAGUUGAAGGAUGCAGAUGAGAGAAUCGGUGGGGGUGGGGGUGGGUCUGGAAGAGAAAACAAACUGGAAAAUCUAAGAGAUCUUGUGGGUGGUGGAAAGAUGCCUGUUAUCGCGUCCAAGAGUUCCAAUAGGGAUUGGCUAGACCCGCACUGUCACGAGUCUCAGUUUGAAAAGCGAUACACAUCAUAGAAAUUUGAUUACUAAAAACCAUAGGCAUAGUGUCUUGAAAGAUACAGGCCAUCAUAUUCAUGCCUUAUUUAAAGCUUUUAAAACUUGUUGCUUCCUGUGUCACUUAAAGGC